AUGUCUUUCUCCAGACCAUCAUGGGGCUCUUUUCGAGCCAUGCAUGCGACGAGAUUCGGAGCCGCAGUUCCUCGACGACAGUCUUCAUUAUGCCCUCGCUCCUAUACAACUAGCUCUACUCGAACGUCCCCCUCUUUGGCCUCGUUUCCGCAGUCUCGUCGAACGAUAUGGCAUCCGUAUCUAGUCACGUCCCUCGGCGCUGUCUUGGUCGGCGUGUCUAUCUAUCUCGUGCAGCCCGGGCAUGUUGCCGCGAAUGAUUCACCGCCUGUGCAACAAGUGUCGUUGGCCGAAGUCGAUGAGGUCACCAAGAGAAGGACUAAAAUCACACGCAAGUCGCCCAUGCGCCUGCGAAUGGAGGCUUUGAUCCAGGAGCAUCAGAACCGCAUAGUAUUUGCUUUGGAGAACAUUGAUGGUAGCAAGUUCAAACGUGACGAAUGGGCGAGACCGCACGGUGGAGGCGGAACGUCCUGUGUACUUCAAGACGGGAACGUAUUCGAAAAGGCCGGCGUCAACACCAGCAUUGUCUAUGGCGAGCUGCCUCGUCCUGCUAUCGAAAAAAUGCGCGCGGACCAUAAAUCUUUUGUCGACUCAGAUGUGGAAACGUUGAAUUUCUUUGCAGCAGGAAUCUCUCUUGUUCUUCAUCCGCAUAAUCCUAUGGCACCCACCGUCCACCUGAACUAUCGAUACUUCGAAACCUCCGACCCUCGAGACCCCAUCAAUGCAACGGGCACAUCGCAGCAAAACUGGUGGUUUGGAGGCGGCACAGACCUGACACCUUCCUAUCUGUUCGAGGAAGAUGCAGCACAUUUCCACAAGACUAUCAAGGCUGCUUGUGACAAGCAUGACAAGGACUAUUAUCCAAGAUUCAAAAAGUGGUGCGACGAGUAUUUCAGAAUACCCCAUCGAAACGAAUCACGAGGGAUCGGCGGUAUCUUCUUCGAUGACUUGGACGCAACUGCUCAACCCACUUCGAAAAAUCCACAAGAAGACAUUUUCCAAUUCGUGGUCAGCAGUCUCGAAUCGUUCUUGCCCGCAUAUCUACCAAUCAUCAAGAGGCGCAAGGAUAUGCCGUACUUGCCUGAACAAAAGCUGUGGCAACAGAUCCGACGAGGCAGAUACGUCGAAUUCAACCUCAUCAAUGACCGAGGCACUAGCUUCGGACUUCGCACCCCUGGCGCGCGAGUUGAAAGUAUAUUGAUGAGUCUGCCACUGACCGCUCGGUGGGAAUAUAUGCAUCCCGUCUGCGGCACUGGCGUACAAGAGACCGCGGAUGAAGAGUCAGAUCAGAACUAUGAGAAAGAAAAGGAGCUGAUGGAAAUCCUCAAACACCCCAAAGAAUGGGCGUGA